GGCAAACACGGCCCUUCCGCCAGUCUCGCGCUGGCGGUGCGGCCGGCUCUGGGCUCCGAGGCAGCCGGCGGCCCCUGUUCGGCCAGACGGACCCUCCGCCCUGGUUUCGUUUACCAAAACAACACGGUUUCAAUUUUAAGACUGGGGACGCGGGGGAAGAGGAAAGAUACGGGCGUGUGUGGCGGUUGCGUUUCAGGGGAGUCGGGGGGGGGGGUGUUGGCGUUCUGGGAUUUCAAGGUUUCGGCCGUUGAGGUUACGGAAAGGAAAUGGCUCCGUUCGGUUGCCAUCGAAACGCCGCAAGUGGACUUUUGCCCCCGGGUGGGUGUGUGUGUGUGGGGGGGGAGGCAGGCCGGGGCAGGUUUCGAGCUCCAGUGUUUUACGUGCUAAGGCUGCAACAGUCCCUGCCGGAGCGAAUCGAGCCUCCUUAUCUCGGAACCGAAUGAUGUCCACCCAUAAGUGAAAUAUCAGCCACUUUCAUUUUGUUUUUGUUUUUUAAUCAGUGUUGCGUGUCCGCGCCCUUGCUUUAAUCCCCGGGGGUAGUUCUCUCCCCCCUCCCCUCUUCUUUCUUGGCCGGGGUUUCACUGAACGGGGCUUUGGCAAUUUUGGGGGAAAAAAAUGGAGUCUGCGCUGCGGUUCGCCUGCGCUUGUGUUUACAAUAUGGCGACCUCCCUUUAAAAUGUUUUAUUCCAGCGCCAUUUUGCUGUCAUUCUGCGUAUUAGUGAUAUUUAUUCUAAAAUAGUGACAGUGUAAGGGGUAUGGGAGAUACCGUGGCGUGUCUGUGGUGUUCUGGAUGAGAAGGGACGUGCCUUCCGUGGCACCAGCUGACGUAUACAGUAAACAGACAAAUCUGUCCACACUGGCAACUCCGUAUAAUUACCUCCUAAAAUCGGAAGCUUCGAAUUUGCAGCACAUCCGAGUUAAAGUGCAGGGCAGUUUGGCCUGUUUUUCUCAAGAGAAGCCCCAGUGCUACAAUAAAUGCACAGUGACAGCGUUGGUAGUGACGGACCAAGUGGUCUCUGACGAGACUGUCCGAUUUCAUUCGGGUGUCUUAGGGAAAAUAACGCCUUCUGUUGAGUUGGCACCGUCGCUUGAUCCAGGCAGUGGUCUCUUUCAUUACACUACGAUUUGUUACGUUUCCUCCCCCAACUACAUCAUUUCAAGGGCAGGCUUUUCUUUGUUAAUCCGCCUGUCACAACUGAAAUGAGCUCUACUUUGCAACAUGUGAUCAAAUGUAAUUGUCAUUUCAUGCAACAGCAAUAAGACUCUUUUUUAAAUCUUUUACCCUUAAUAAUGUCAGAGAAAGUAGCAUUUCUCCCAAAUGUAUAUACUGUUUUUUCGAUGGCUUUAUGGUUGAAUCUGUGUAGAGCUGGAGGAUGAUAACCAUUCCGUAUUGGUUAGUACUGUAUCAUUCAGGCCGAGCCUCGCACGUUUUGUGCAGAACAGAAAGGAAUGUCUGGCUCUUGCCUGGUUUCAAUAAUGCAAAUUUGAGGAAAAAUGCUCUUUAUCCACAAAACCCACUGUGCCAGCACAAGAAGCAGACGCAAGCGGCUGAGACGCAUUUUAACAAUCCUUGUGGGUUUCAUUAAUUUCUUUAAAAAGAAGAAAUUCUGCUGGCGUUGGGCACUGUCAUCCUGUUUGGUUUUUAGAAGUGCUCUUUGUAUAUUAAUCUGAAUCGCAAAUGAGGCUUGGAAGGUGCGGGCAGUAACGCGAACUAUCGCCUAGGAGGUGAUUUGAGAGAAGACGGCCGCUUCAAUCAUUUUAUAAUGGCGAGUCAGAAUUUGUUUUUCCCUUUUCACCUUUGGUGAAGGCUGAGCUGCAGUUCGACCUGUGGCCACGUGGGGGUGACAUCACUUUUGCUGAUCACCGCUGGUUGGAAACGGCAAAGACUUGCUUUGUGCUCUUGCCGGGUUUAAGCUGGCGUAAUGGUCGGUCCUGUGUACCUCAAAAGAAGCUGUAAUUGAAACUCGAAGUAGCACAGGAAAGUGGUGGUGAAGAACUGACUUUGUUCUUUGGGGUAAUAAGCACUUCUCAAGAAAAACAAACAUAAACUGCAUACAGCUGGUAUAAUUUUUUGUGGUUUGUUCUUAAAGUGAUAGUUUGCAGACAUCUGUGCGACGCAGUGUGCUCUGUCAACGAUACCUACCUGAAACCGUUUCUCAUUUAACCCUCAGGCCCUUAGAGUUAUCUCUUUAUAAGGGUGGUAUCGGGAUAUUUUGGAGAGCAAGCCUCUGUGAUGUGAAGCCGUGCAGAGUUUAACUUUGCCAUCCUGUGUGUGGAUCUCACCAGGCCAGUGGGGUACUAGAUAUGUAUCCUGCCUGUACUGUACCCCAUGAGGUUUUAAGGGGACGGGGGGUUUUGACUCCCUGAUUUCAGUUACAGGCUUCUGACCAUGGGAGUCUGAUAUAAGGUUCCCAGGUUAGGAAAAAUGAGAGGCAUAGUGGCUGGGUUAAUAACCAUUAACCAUGUGGAUAUAGUGAUUUCUCUGCAGGCUGAAUGCUGAACUACAUUUGCUGGUUAUCUUGAACCCAAUAAGCCAAUUAGGAAAAAGUUCUCAUUCCCAGUUUGCGCCUUUGAGACCCAUUAGUACAGCUGGGAUUUACUGCAGCAGUUUGAGUGAAGACUCUUGGAGAAAGUGAGGAACUCUCUCCCAGUAGCACCAGUCUACUCAGCUGUACAAGUGGAGGCCAGCAUUGUUGGGGGGGUGAUCCCCAAGAUUGGCUGGGGUGUGGAGGGUGCACUGUCUAGUCCAACGGUCCAGAACCCAGGAUGAGCUCUGGUGUGGUGAUGAUGACUUUAUUUUAUAUAGUGCCUUCUCGGCAAGAUUUAAAGAGAAGCACACAAGGAGAGGAAAAAGCAGAAUUACUACAAUGAGCCUCUGUCCUUUGAAAUGGAGUUUACAUCUUACCUUGGCUCAAGAAUUCAAUAGCUGUGUCCUGCUUGGGAUUUGAACUCACAACCCUAUGAUUUGGAGUUUAGAAAGCCUAGUCUGUAAAUGCGGGCCUGGUCAUCUGUACAGUGAAGGUUGUUGAUUUUUUUUUACUUUCCUGUUUCUAGUGUUUUUAGAUCUUUUCUGAGGCUGCAUAUUUGAAAUUCUGAAGCCUUGUUUUGUUUCUAGUUUCUUAAUUAAAAUAAAAAAAAAUUAUUUUGAAAAGCUUUAGAAUUGUGCCUUUAAAAAACAAGGUGAAAAAAGAAACAGCCGUUUCUAAAAUACACAUGUCCACCCUUUACUGUAGCCACUCAGAUGUUUUUUUAAAUUUCUUGAUGGCAAAAACUGAUGUGAAAUUCCUGUACUGCAUUUAACAGUAGAUGCUUAAUAGGUUGAAAAUAUUCUUUGGUUUAAUUGUGGGUCUUGAGGUUCAGAAGGGUUUGAUGUACACCCUAGAUUUCUAAGAAAAUCCAACUAAAUGUGUUUAGUUUUGCAAAAGUAAUAAAAUUCCACCAAGCUUGGCUCUUUCAUGUGGAGCUUAGGUACAGUUCAUUUUUAUCUUGCACCGACACCUAGUGACACAUAGGGGGCGUCUGCGCUUUUCCCAGUAGGACUGUAUUUCAUAAGCAAUUUUACUCAUGAGUCUUUUCUGCUCAUCUGGCAAAUUUAACAUACUCGAAAACUGGACUAUGAAAUCCUAAACCUUUUUGUUUCUAACAUCCAUUUACCUUAUCCGAUUCUUUUCAAAACGUUCUGAUUUUGGAGCAUUUAACAGUCAUGCCUUAAAAGGUAAUGUGGUUCAUGGUCCAUGUGUAAGAUAUCCUCAGAGCAAAUGUGUCUUUUGCUACAUGUCAGCCCUGGGCCAAACAGGAUUUGCAGCUCAAUCUGCUCUUUACAUCAGACUCAUUGCACAUUUUUUUUUUGCUUGAGAGAAAGGAGACAAUAGUUUGGUUUUCUUUAUGGAACGUUUCAUUGCAUUACGCCCUUCUGCAGUUCCUUCAAAUUUUAGAAGUGCAAACUUGGAAAAUGCGCUUGUGCAGAGGUGACGUUUCAGCACAGCCCCAGGGCAGUGCGGGCUUACCUUGGGUGACUGCACGUGUUGCAUUCCCAGCAGCACUGCAGUGCAGUCUGCAGGGAAUCCUGGGACAUCCUCGAGCGUCUGCGCCGUCCGAGCUGAUGUACCCCUCAGCCUGAUUCCUGCGUCCUCUGCCUGGAACCCGUCUGCCUGCUCUGGCAGACAACCAAGGAAUUUUAAUCCCCCCCUCAGUGAGGAGAUGCUGCCCCCUGGUGACUGGAUGUGUCAUCGCUGCACAGUGCGCAGGAAGAAACGCGAGCAGAGGAAAGAGCUGCAGCAGAUCAACGGGCUGCUGGACCGCCAGCUGCUGAAGCGCUCGUCCUCCCCGGCGGCAGAGCUGGACCUGGGGGCGGUGCGGCUGGACGCGGGGCCGGGGGGCCCGGGGGCGGGGGGGCUGCGGGUGGCCGUGGCCCAAGUCCGGCUCCUGGAGCGCCGGGCCAGCAGCCGCCCCGGCACGCCCACCUCCAACGCCAGCACGGACACGCCCACGCCCUCGGAGCAGAACGACGUGGACGAGGACCUGCUGGACGUGGAGGACGAGGCGCCCGGCUCGGAGCCCGACUGCGCCACCCCGCACCUCAAGAGGCCCUUCGAGCUGCUGAUCGCCGCCGCCAUGGAGAGGAACCCCACGCAGUUCCAGCUCCCCAACGACCUCACCUGCACCACCGCACUUCCAGGAACCAGUAAAAGGAGAAGGAAAGAGGAAACAAGUGGGAAGAAUGUUAAGAAACCGCAGCACGAGCUGGACCACAACGGGCUGGUCCCACUGCCGGUGAAGGUGUGCUUCACCUGUGGCAGGAGCUGUCGAGUGGCACCGCUGAUCCAGUGCGAUUACUGUCCUCUCCUCUUCCACAUGGACUGCCUGGACCCCCCACUCACUGCCAUGCCAACGGGCAAGUGGAUGUGCCCCAAUCACAUCGAGCACUUGGUGCUGAAUCAGAAGAACAUGACGCUGAGUAACCGCUGCCAGCUGUUCGACCAGUUCCAGGACAGGAUAUCGCAGCACGCCGUGAAGGUGGACUUCCUGCGCCGGGUUCACCGCAAAUACCCGCCCAACCGCCGGGGCACCCCGUCCAACAGGAAGAAAACUCUCAAGGUUCCCGAUGCCAUCAAGUCUCAGUACCACUGCCCUCCUCCCCUGCUGGCGCCCGCGGGCAUCCGAAACGGGGAGCUGAUCUGCAGCGGGGGCCCCGGUGCGCCUCGCCAGCACCUUUCCCUGUCACAGCACUUAGCGAGCGAGGCCGAGCAGCAGGAGUGGCUUCGCAGCGUCAUUGCACUCCAGUGCAGCAUUUUCAGACAUUUAUCUGCUAAGCAGAUGCCGUCUUCUUACUGGGACUCGGAGAAAACGGAGAAGGCUGACGUCAAGCCUUGCGUUCGAGGCGACGGGAACAGCUCUUCCGCCCUCGGCAGCUCCUUCUGCGCCCCCGACAGGACAGUCCCGACCGCCUCCUGCCCCAAACCCUGCGGCACGCCCGUUGGCCCCCAGGGGGCCCCUGUGCUGAACUCUGUCGGCCCCGCCGAGGAGCGGGGGGGCUGCGGCGUGUGCUUGGAGAGGCCCUGCCGGAGCUGCGGGACGCCCAACGGACCCCUGGAGCCCCUGGUCAGGGUGAACGGCCCUCACCCCUGCAGCGACGGUCCUGAGGCCUGCAGGCAGGGCGAGCUGCAACACAGACUGAGCAGCGCGGGCGGGCCCGGGUGGGCCCGGCCGCAGACGCCCUUGGGCCCCGGGCUGCAGAACCACGUUGGGGGACCCGUGAUAAAGACGGAGGGCUCCGCCGGCCGCAGUCCGUGCACCCACAAAGGAACCACGGCCGCCUCCGUUUCCUGUGCCAACCCGGACCCCCCUGUCCCCCUGCAGCCCCAUGGGGCGGCCCCCGGCUCAGGGGGCGGUCAGGCCGCCGCGAUGAUGAGCCGCAGCGUGGCGUCGCCCACCGCUGGGACCCGAGCCCUCACCCCGCCCAGAACCGCUCUGGACUCCGGCACCGCCAGGAGGCUGAGCUCAUCCACGCCACCCUCAGAUGGAAAAGCCAGUCCCCGUGCAGUGUCUCCCGGGAGCGGGACUCCCUUUCCCAGCUUUGCCGCCUCUGCUAUGGGCGACAUCAGCAGCUCCAUGAAGGAGGUGAUGGAGGGCGAUGGGGAGAUCGAGCUGAACAAGCUGGACGAGCAGUUCAUUAAGCUCCUGGCCUGGCAGAGGAUCCAGCAGCUGUUUCCUCCCUCUGCGCCGCCUUCCCAGGCCGGCUGCGCCAGCCCGCCCUCCUCUGCCCGCGCCGCCACGCCGCAGGCGCUGCACGCAGAAGCACAAAGGAAAGAGGUGCAGGCUCGGGCAGUGUUCUACCCCCUGGUGGGAAAAGGAGUGGCUGUCAACAUGUGCUACAGGACCCUGUACAUAGGAACUGGUGCUGACAUGGACGUGUGCCUUACAAACUAUGGUCAUUGUAAUUACGUAUCGGGAAAGCACGCCUGUAUUUUUUACGAUGAGAACACAAAGCAUUACGAGCUGCUCAACUACAGCGAGCAUGGGACCACCGUGGACAACGUGCUGUACUCCUGCGACUUCUCAGAGAAGACAACUCCCAGCCCCUCCAGCAGCGUCGUCUCCAAAGUGCAGAGUAUUAUCCGGCGCUGUAAGAAGAGGAAGCAGGCGGAGGAGGAGUGCGUGGCGGCGGCGGCGCAGGCGGCGCAGGAGGUGGGGGUGAUGAGCUGCCAGGCCCAGGGCGGGCGGCGCGACCCCUGCAACUGCAAGGCCAGCAGCUCCAGCCUGAUCGGGGGCGGCGGGGCGGGCUGGGAGGGCACCGCCCUGCUCCACCACGGCAGCUACAUCAAGCUGGGCUGCCUGCAGUUCGUCUUCAGCAUCACCGAGUUCGCCAGCAGGCAGCCCAAAGAGGAGGAGCUGGCGCCCUCGGCCCAGGAGGGGGCCGAGCUGUCCGACAAGCAAACACUAAACCCCCCCCAAGUGCCCGUGCUGCGCUCCAACUCGGUCCCUUAACCGCCCCUCGGACUGCCCCCCCCAGCCCCCGCGGGGAUCCAGAGACCGCAGCCGGACCAGGACGGCGGAACAGUUUUUUUUUUUUUUUUUUUUUAAAGAAUCGUUCAUACAUUUGCAUGAUAUGAAGUAUUUUUUUGGGGCUCAGAUUUUAUGGGCAAGUUGCACAUAGAAUUUCUAUUUUUUUUUUAAAAAAAGCGAAACUUAACAGUUACUUAGAUUUGCAUAAAAAGGGAUUCUUUCAUCGUCCUCAACAUUCUGAACUGCGUUGAGAAGAGAAGUCAGUUUCCAUUAUACUUGUAAAGUAAUCAAAAGACUUGGUCUAUUUUGUGCCAGUAAGGAUAGUUUUUAUAUAAACAUGCUUUUUUCAUAAGCAGAAACAUUUAUUUACUCUUUGUCAUUUUUAUUUAAUGUAUGUGAAAUUAUGCUAUCAAUAUUUUUUUCUUGCUACUUUUGCACUACAGGUAGCUACCGUAUAUUGUUAUAUAUAUAUAAAAAUCAACAAAAAGAAAAUUCAGAUUUUCUUUGAUAUUUGUGAAUUAUCGAUUUCAAUAAGAACAAAGAAGCUUUGGAUUCCAUGUAUAUACACCCUAAAUGGUGUUUUGUUGGUUUUUAAAUGUGUACAGUGCUUCAGGGCUUUAACAUGGGCUCCAGUCGUGAUGUUUCUGUAGCGUUUAAAAAAAACAUUGUCGUAAAACUUGUACCAAGUCCUGGUUUUUCAAUACUGUAGUUCAUGUGUAAAUAGUGACUGUAUUGUUUUAGAUUUUACAUUUGGACACUUUCAUGAAAAUCCUGUACAUAUAUAACAAACUUUGACUUCUGUUUCUGCCUGUCUGUUAUAACAGUGUAAAUACAUAAAGAUUUUUUUAAGAACA